AUGUUGAAGUUGUUCGUCUGUUUAUUGGUUGUUUUACCAGCAACUGUAGCUUGGAUGACCGAAUAUGACAAACCUUUUUUGAAAGAAUGUCCAUCAAAACAGUCCGUAUAUUGGAUUAAAAGUCAACACAGUAAUUCCCGUGAGGACAGAGUUUGGGAUUACCGUUGCAGACAUUCCAGUAAAAUAUCCACAACUUCUGAAAUUAACCCGUAUGACGGUACAAUUUUAUUCCAAUGUCCAAGAAAGGGGGCCCUUGUUGGUGUUCAGAGCUACCAUUCCAAUCAUCAUGAAGAUAGAAUAUGGAGUUUUAAAUGUUGUGAUGUUCAUCUAACACGUGGAGCGAACUGUUUGUUCACCAAAUCUUUUGUAAACCAGUACGAUGCCGUGAUGGAUUAUAAAAUCACACCAGCUAAUAAUUAUCUGACUGGUGUUUACAGUGAACAUAACAAUCAUAGAGAGGACCGAGUUUGGAGAUUUGAAACCUGUUCAAUUGUUCACUGA